UCAUCAUUCUGUUCCAUCCACAUUGUCCAUGCUUCGUAGCGCAACAUCAGCACUGCUGAGGACCAGCACUGAGAUUCGCACUCUUCGCUCGGUGUCGAGGGUCUACCGGUUUCUACCGUCGCUGCUGCGCUGUCCGCCCCAAAACAGGCCGUUCUCUCUGUCGGUCUGCUUGUGUAAGAAGAAGAAAAGUCUUUGGCUGGAGCUUUCCGAAGGACACAAAAUGAGUGGUAAUAUUGAAGAGAUUCUCGCCCCACUGAGGCUGGCAGUGAAAGAACAGGUACAUAUCAUUUUAGUCAUUUAGCAGACGCUCUUAUCCAGAGCGACUUACAGUUAGUGAGUGCAUACAUUUUUCAUAUCCCAUUUAAAGCCACGGGAAUUAAGCUAAAACCUUAUUGUAUCCAUUCCAAAGAUCCCCACAUCAUCCAUGCAUUCAUUAGUUAUCUCCCAGAAAUGACAGCUCAAACACAGCUGCUGUAGCUAGCUAACAAUUACAUGUAACGUUAACAGAGAUCUUUGAAUGUAGCAUAGCCAUGUAGCUAGCUAACCGGUAGCCCCAUAGCUAACUUAGCUAGCAUGCUAACUUGUUUUUUUUGCCUGUUAGUUGGAGAUCUGUGGAAGCUGUAAAUAACUUAUUUAUUGCAGCUAUAUUCUGUUACCAGUUAUACCAGCUAGCUUGAAUAUGAUUUCAUAAAUAAUUGCAUUAACAUCCAUGCCUGCGCUCUGCGAUGUAUAACCACCAUGCCACGUUUCAGCCCAGAGCUGAUUCACAGUGACAUUUGGGUGGCAGUGUUUCCCCUAGUAUUUUUUUUUAGCAGCUGUGUCAAAGUUAGCGUUGAGGGGGUCGUGGUAGUGGUUAGCAAAUUGGGAGGUCUCCGACCAAAGAUUUUAAAGGCCCUCAUCUUGGCCACAAACAAACCAUUUUGCUGUUUUAAAGGUAAUUGCCUGCAAUUCUGCACAUUUUGCCAUGUGGCUGAGAGAAAAUGUGCUAUUUCCUGCAAUUAGACAUUUUGCCUUGGCUGAUGCUGUGUUCUUAUCCUAUCUGAGUGACUCAAACAUUAUAACAAAAUCAAUAGGGAUCCCAUGACAUUUUUGGAAUAAAAAAUUAUCUCUGACUGUAUUGUUUUUAUUGGUGAUUAUGAGUUUGUAUUUAUAUUUAUGCCAAGGCAGCAGCUACUCUUCCUGGGGUUUAUUAUGGAUCCCCAUUAGUUCCUGCCAAGGCAGCAGCUACUCUUCCUGGGGUUUAUUAUGGAUCCCCAUUAGUUCCUGCCAAGGCAGCAGCUACUCUUCCUGGGGUUUAUUAUGGAUCCCCAUUAGUUCCUGCCAAGGCAGCAGCUACUCUUCCUGGGGUUUAUUAUGGAUCCCCAUUAGUUCCUGCCAAGGCAGCAGCUACUCUUCCUGGGGUUUAUUAUGGAUCCCCAUUAGUUCCUGCCAAGGCAGCAGCUACUCUUCCUGGGGUUUAUUAUGGAUCCCCAUUAGUUCCUGCCAAGGUAGCAGCUACUCUUCCUGGGGUUUAUUAUGGAUCCCCAUUAGUUCCUGCCAAGGCAGCAGCUACUCUUCCUGGGGUUUAUUAUGGAUCCCCAUUAGUUCCUGCCAAGGCAGCAGCUACUCUUCCUGGGGUUUAUUAUGGAUCCCCAUUAGUUCCUGCCAAGGCAGCAGCUACUCUUCCUGGGGUUUAUUAUGGAUCCCCAUUAGUUCCUGCCAAGGCAGCAGCUACUCUUCCUGGGGUUUAUUAUGGAUCCCCAUUAGUUCCUGCCAAGGCAGCAGCUACUCUUCCUGGGGUUUAUUAUGGAUCCCCAUUAGUUCCUGCCAAGGCAGCAGCUACUCUUCCUGGGGUUUAUUAUGGAUCCCCAUUAGUUCCUGCCAAGGCAGCAGCUGCUCUUCCUGGGGUCCAGCAAAAUUAAGGCAGUUAUACAUUUCUAAAAACAUUACAAUACAUUCACAACAGAUUUCACAACAUAUUAAGUGUGUGACCUCAGACCCCUACUCUACUACCACAUAUCUAUAACACAAAAUCAGUGUGUGCAUGUGUGUAUAGUGUGGAUGUUAUCGUGUGUUUGUAUGCAUGUGUCUAUGUUUGUGUUGCUUCACAGUCCCCGCUGUUCCAUAAGGUGUAUUUUUAUCUGUUUUUUUAAAUCAAAUUUUACUUCUUGCAUGAGUUAUUCCUUGGAAGGAAUCGGACAAUUCCUUUGACCUCAUGGCUUGGUUUUUACUCUGACAUGCACUGUCAACUGUGGGACCUUUAUAUAGACAGGUGUGUGCCUUUCCAAGUAAUGUCCAAUCAAUUGAAUUUACCACAGGUGGACUCCAAUCAAGUUGUAGAAACAUCUCAAGGAUGAUCAAUAGAAACAGGAUGCACCUGAGCUCAAUGUCGAAUCUCAUAGCAAACAGUCUGAAUACUGUUUAUCAUUUUUUAUACAUUUGCUAAAAUGUAUUUUAAAUUUUUUUCGCUUUGUCAUUAUAGGGUAUUGUGUGUAGAUUGAUGAGGAUUCUUUUUUAAUUCAAGCCAUUUUAGAAUAAGGUUGUAACGUAACAAAAUGUGGAAAAAGUCAAGGGGUCUGAAUACUUUCCGAAUGCACUGUAUGUGUGUUAUUUAUGUUCUUGAAGUAGCCACCCUUUUACCUUUUGACAGCUUUGCACAUUCUUGGCAUUCUCUCAACCAGCUUCACCUGGAAUGCUUUUCCAACAGUCUUGAAGGAGUUCCCACAUGCUGAGCACUUGUUGGCUGCUUUUCCUUCACUCUGCGGUCCAACUCAUCCCAAACCAUCUCAAUUGGGUUGAGGUCGGGUGAUUGUGGAGGCCAGGUCAUCAGAUGCAGCACUCCAUCACUCUCCUUCUUGGUCAAGUAGCCCUUACACAGCCUGGAGGUGUGUUUUGGGUCAUUGUCCUGUUGAAAAACAAAUGAUAGUCCCACUAAGCGCAAACCAGAUGGGAUGGCUUAUCGCUGCAGAAUGCUGUGGUAACCAUGCUGGUUGUGUGCCUUGAAUUCUAAAUAAAUCAGUGUCACCAGCAAAACACCAUCACACCACUAUCUCCAUGCUUCACGGUGGGAACCACACAUGCAGAGAUCAUCCGUUCACCUACUUUGCGUCUCACAAAGACACGGCGGUUGGAACCAAAAUUCUCAAAUUUGCACUCAUCAGACCCAAGGACAGAUUUCCACCGGUCUAAUGACCAUUGCUCGUGUUUCUUGGCCCAAGCAAGUCUCUUCUUCUUAUUGGUGUCCUUUAGUAGUGGUUUCUUUGCAGCAAUUCGACCAUGAAGGCCUGAUUCACACAGUCUCCUCUGAACAGUUGAUGUGUCUGUUACUUGAACUCUGUGAAGCAUUUAUUUGGGCUGCUAUCUGAGGUGCAGUUAACUCUAAUGAAUUUAUCCUCUGCAGCGGAGAACUCUGGGUCUUCCAUUCCUGUGGCGGCCCUCGUGAGAGCCAGUUUCAUCAUAGCGCUUGAUGGUUUUUGCGACUGCACUUGAAGAAACUUUCAACGUUUUUGAAAUGUUCAGUAUUGACUGACCUUCACGUCUUAGUAAUGAUGGACUGUCGUUUCUCUUUGCUUAUUUGAGCUGUUCUUGCCAUAAUAUGGACUUGGUCUUUUACCAAAUAGGGCUAUCUUCUGUAUACCCCUCCUACCUUGUCACAACACAACUGAUUGGCUCAAACGCUGUGAGACACAAUUGAGACAUGGAUUGUGUGCCGUUGAGGGUGAAUGGGCAAGACAAAAUAUUUAAGUGCCUUUGAACGGGGUAUGGUAGUAGGUGCCAGGUGCACCGGUUUGUGUCAAGAACUGCAACGCUGCUGGGUUUUUCACGCUCAACCAUUUACCGUGUGUAUCAAGAAUGGUCUACCACCCAAAGGACGUCCAGCCAACUUGACACAACUGUGGAACGCCUUGUAGAGUCCAGCGGGGGGGGGGGGGGGGGGGCAAUUCAAUAUUAGGAACGUGUUCCUAAUGUUUUGUACACUGUGUGUGUGCAGCUUUUUUUUUUUAUUGGAGUGGCGCCAAUGAUUUAGUGGUGGCCUGCAUUAGUGGUGGCCUGCACUAGUGGUGGCCUGCAUUAGUGGUGGCCUGCAUUAGUGGUGGAAACACUGGGUGGGCAGUUUGGAGUCAGUAAGUCCUUCUCUUUGCGGUCUAUGUAUGGAUCUUUAGCAUUUGCAGGAACUCUAGAGACCAUGAAGGUCUCCUAACGUCACUAGAAACUCUCAAUGCAAGUGUGGGAAGGAGUAGUAUUCUAUCUCAGCUCUAGGAGAUGAUUGUGGACUACACAGGGAAAAAAAGAGGACUGAGCAUGCCCCCAUUCUCAUCGACAGGGCUGUAGUGGAACAGGUUGAGAGCUUCAAAUUCCUUGGUGUCCACAUCACCAACGAACUAUCAUGGUCCAAACACACCAAGACAGUCAUGAGGGCACGACAAAGCCUAUUCCCCUUCAGGAGACUGAAAAGAUUUGGCAUGGGUCCUCAGAUCCUCAAAGUUCUACAGCUGCACCAUCGAGAGCAUCCUGACUGGUUGCAUCACCGCCUGGUAUGGCAACUGCUCGGCCUCCGACCGCAAGGCACUACAGAGGGUAGUGCGUACGGCCCAGUACAUCACUGGGGCCAAGCUUCCUGCCAUCCAGGACCUCUAUACCAGGCGGUGUCAGAGGAAGGCCCUAAAAAUUGUCAGACUCCACCCACCCCACCCCCUGUUUUACACUGCUGCUACUAUCUGUUUAUUAUCUAUGCAUAGUCACUUUAAUUCUACCCACAUGUACAUAUUACCUCGACUAACAGUUGCCCCCGCACAUUGACUCUGUACCGGUACCCCCUGUAUAUAGCCUCCCUACUGUUAUUUCCCAUUGACUCUGUACCGGUACCCCCUGUAUAUAGCCUCCCUACUGUUAUUUUAUUUUAUUGCUGCUCUUUAAUUAUUUUUUACUUAUCUAUUUUUUUUACUUCACUUAUUUUUGUUAACUGCAUCGUUGGUUAAGGGCUUGUCAGCGUUUCACUGUAAGGUCUCCACCUGUUGAAGGUCUCCACCUGUUGAAUUGAUGUAAUUGUCAUGUUACAGGGUGAGCUGGUACGCCAGAUGAAGCAGGAUGGCGCUCCUGAUGUUGAUGUCCUUAAAGCUGUGGCUGAACUGAAAGCCAGGAAGAGAACUCUGGAAACUAAGGUGUUGCUAGCUGCUACAGCAUCUCCUCCUACAAGUAUCUGCUAUAGUACUAUAGCCUGAACAGCAUCUCCAAGUAACUAGUAUAGUAUUAUAGCCUGAACAGCUAAUAUAGCCUGAACAGCAUCUCCAAGUAUCUACUAUAGUACUAUAGCCUGAACAGCUAAUAUAACCUGAACAGCAUCUCCAAGUAUAUACUAUAGUACAAUAGCCUGAACAGCUAAUAUAGCCUGAACAGCAUCUCCAAGUAUCUACUAUAGUACUAUAGCCUGAACAGCUAAUAUAACCUGAACAGCAUCUCCAAGUAUCUGCUAUAGUACUAUAGCCUGAACAGCUAAUAUAGCCUGAACAGCAUCUCCAAGUAUAUACUAUAGUACUAUAGCCUGAACAGCUAAUAUAGCCUGAACAGCAUCUCCAAGUAACUAGUAUAGUACUAUAGCCUGAACAGCUAAUAUAGCCUGAACAGCAUCUCCAAGUAUCUACUAUAGUACUAUAGCCUGAACAGCUAAUAUAGCCUGAACAGCAUCUCCAAGUAACUAGUAUAGUAUUAUAGCCUGAACAGCUAAUAUAACCUGAACAGCAUCUCCAAGUAUCUGCUAUAGUACUAUAGCCUGAACAGCUAAUAUAACCUGAACAGCAUCUCCAAGUAUCUGCUAUAGUACUAUAGCCUGAACAGCUAAUAUAGCCUGAACAGCAUCUCCAAGUAACUAGUAUAGUAUUAUAGCCUGAACAGCUAAUAUAACCUGAACAGCAUCUCCAAGUAUCUACUAUAGUACUAUAGCCUGAACAGCAUCACUACAGUACCAGAAUCACACCAAGUACUUUUCUGAUUGAAUCAAUGGUUAAAUCUUUCCAAUAACUAUAUAAAUCAGACACAUUUCUUGAAGCUGAAAUCAGCUUUGGUAGGUAUGCACUACCUUAGCUCUUUCAGGUGUAGUGUUGUCUUCUUAAACUCUUAAUCACCACAAUACUGUUUGCAUUUCAGGAACUGUCUCUGCAGCCCAAAGAUGACAUCGUUGACAGAACCAAGAUGGAGGAUACGUUGAAGAGGAGGUUCUUCUACGACCAGGCCUUCGCCAUCUAUGGAGGUGAGAUCUAUGUAACACCUAGUUAUGGGUGGAGGCAUACAAAAACAACAACAUUGGUUUAAAUCAAUCACAUUUAUUUGUGUAGAUGUGAGUGGUCUAUAUGACUUUAAUAUUCCUUCUACAGGUGUUAGUAGUCUAUAUGACUUUAAUAUUCCCUCUACAGGUGUUAGUAGUCUAUAUGACUUUAAUAUUCCCUCUACAGGUGUUAGUAGUCUAUAUGACUUUAAUAUUCCCUCUACAGGUGUUAGUAGUCUAUAUGACUUUAAUAUUCCCUCUACAGGUGUUAGUAGUCUAUAUGACUUUAAUAUUCCCUCUACAGGUGUUAGUAGUCUAUAUGACUUUAAUAUUCCCUCUACAGGUGUUAGUAGUCUGUAUGACUUUAAUAUUCCCUCUACAGGUGUUAGUAGUCUGUAUGACUUUAAUAUUCCCUCUACAUGUGUUAGUAGUCUAUAUGACUUUAAUAUUCCCUCUACAGGUGUUAAUAGUCUGUAUGACUUUAAUAUUCCCUCUACAGGUGUUAGUAGUCUGUAUGACUUUAAUAUUCCCUCUACAGGUGUUAAUAGUCUGUAUGACUUUAAUAUUCCCUCUACAGGUGUUAGUAGUCUGUAUGACUUUAAUAUUCCCUCUACAGGUGUUAGUAGUCUGUAUGACUUUAAUAUUCCCUCUACAGGUGUUAGUAGUCUAUAUGACUUUAAUAUUCCCUCUACAGGUGUUAGUAGUCUAUAUGACUUUAAUAUUCCCUCUACAGGUGUUAGUAGUCUAUAUGACUUUAAUAUUCCCUCUACAGGUGUUAGUAGUCUAUAUGACUUUAAUAUUCCCUCUACAGGUGUUAGUAGUCUAUAUGACUUUAAUAUUCCCUCUACAGUGUUAGUAGUCUAUAUGACUUUAAUAUUCCUUCUACAGGUGUUAGUAGUCUAUAUGACUUUAAUAUUCCCUCUACAGGUGUUAGUAGUCUAUAUGACUUUAAUAUUUCCUCUACAGGUGUUAGUAGUCUGUAUGACUUUAAUAUUCCCUCUACAGGUGUUAGUAGUCUAUAUGACUUUAAUAUUCCCUCUACAGGUGUUAGUAGUCUAUAUGACUUUAAUAUUCCCUCUACAGGUGUUAGUAGUCUGUAUGACUUUAAUAUUCCCUCUACAGGUGUUAGUGGUCUGUAUGACUUUAAUAUUCCCUCUACAGGUGUUAGUAGUCUGUAUGACUUUAAUAUUCCCUCUACAGGUGUUAGUAGUCUGUAUGACUUUAAUAUUCCCUCUACAGGUGUUAGUAGUCUGUAUGACUUUAAUAUUCCCUCUACAGGUGUUAGUAGUCUGUAUGACUUUAAUAUUCCCUCUACAGGUGUUAGUGGUCUGUAUGACUUAAUAUUCCCUCUACAGGUGUUAGUAGUCUGUAUGACUUUAAUAUUCCCUCUACAGGUGUUAGUAGUCUGUAUGACUUUAAUAUUCCCUCUACAGGUGUUAGUAGUCUGUAUGACUUUAAUAUUCCCUCUACAGGUGUUAGUAGUCUGUAUGACUUUAAUAUUCCCUCUACAGGUGUUAGUAGUCUAUAUGACUUUAAUAUUCCCUCUACAGGUGUUAGUAGUCUAUAUGACUUUAAUAUUCCCUCUACAGGUGUUAGUAGUCUGUAUGACUUUAAUAUUCCCUCUACAGGUGUUAGUAGUCUAUAUGACUUUAAUAUUCCCUCUACAGGUGUUAGUAGUCUAUAUGACUUUAAUAUUCCCUCUACAGGUGUUAGUAGUCUGUAUGACUUUAAUAUUCCCUCUACAGGUGUUAGUAGUCUGUAUGACUUUAAUAUUCCCUCUACAGGUGUUAGUAGUCUGUAUGACUUUAAUAUUCCCUCUACAGGUGUUAGUAGUCUAUAUGACUUUAAUAUUCCCUCUACAGGUGUUAGUAGUCUAUAUGACUUUAAUAUUCCCUCUACAGGUGUUAGUAGUCUAUAUGACUUUAAUAUUCCCUCUACAGGUGUUAGUAGUCUAUAUGACUUUAAUAUUCCCUCUACAGGUGUUAGUAGUCUAUAUGACUUUAAUAUUCCCUCUACAGGUGUUAGUAGUCUAUAUGACUUUAAUAUUCCCUCUACAGGUGUUAGUAGUCUAUAUGACUUUAAUAUUCCCUCUACAGGUGUUAGUAGUCUGUAUGACUUUAAUAUUCCCUCUACAGGUGUUAGUAGUCUAUAUGACUUUAAUAUUCCCUCUACAGGUGUUAGUAGUCUAUAUGACUUUAAUAUUCCCUCUACAGGUGUUAGUAGUCUAUAUGACUUUAAUAUUCCCUCUACAGGUGUUAGUAGUCUAUAUGACUUUAAUAUUCCCUCUACAGGUGUUAGUGGUCUGUAUGACUUCGGCCCUGUGGGCUGUGCCCUGAAGAACAACAUCCUGCAGGCCUGGAGGCAGCACUUCAUCCAGGAGGAGCAGAUCCUGGAGAUCGACUGCACCAUGCUCACCCCGGAGGCCGUUCUCAAGUGGGUCCUGACACUACACUCCACACUACAAUUAGCCUAACUUUACUAACGUAGUAGUUAUCAGAGUGCCAAUACAAAGGGAGGGACUGUACAGACUUGUGUUAUUGCACUGAUUGCGUUAUGGACGUGUAGACUUGGAGUUCUGAUAUAACAGGAUGGUGGUGCGGCGGUCCUUCGUAGGCACAUUUUGUCAUCAAAGUCUGGCAUUCUCUGGAUUUAUGGUGCUUUCCAGACAACUGGGAGAAAAAAACAAAGUCGAAUCAUGAUGAAGUCAGUGAUCUUCAGGUCGGAGCUCUAGAAAGAGGCCAGAGUUCCCGACUUGCAAUUCCGAGUUGGAUGACCGCUCAAAACGUAUUUUCCCAGUCGGAGCUAGUUUUUUUCCCCCAGUGCCCAGUUGUUUUGAGCGGCAGAAGUCAUGCUGGAUUGGCAGCUUCGCCAAUGUUGAAUGUUUUUCUUUUUAAGCUUGGAAACGAGACCCUUAAACCCAGACUUGGACCACACACCCAGGCUAGUGAUUGCUUGCAGUUAGCCAUUGAUUCCUUCCAAACCACUCUUUGUUGAAUUUGUGAUUUCCAGAUUGUGUAAUGUUUAUGGCCGAUGAGCACCGAUACAUUUUAUCUGUAAUUUCUCUUCAUAUGAAAAGGAUUGAAAGGGAUUUGCCAGUAGAUUGUCGACUUGAUUCAUGAUGAUGACUGCUGGCUUGCUAGCUAAGAUUUUUAAAGUAUGAUGUUGACAUGAUCAGUCCAAUCAAAGCUACUGUAGAUAUAAUGUGAUUUGAUGUCAUUUUAUCUGUGGCCAAUGACCUUGAACCUUCUUGGAUGGGCACUUCUAAUGUAACUCUAUGGCAGCACCCAAGGGGCUUGAAUUUUCGAGCUCUACCCGUAGGUUUUGCGGUGGCAUAGUGUCCCCAUGAGUGACACAACACUGAGCCAAUCAUGGCGCAACUAGAGAACAUUACCAACACCUACGCUGUGUGUUUUCCGCUGGCUGCCCCACCACCACAGAAAGCCCUGAGCUGGCUGCCCCACCACCACAGAAAGCCCUGAGCUGGCUGCCCCACCACCACAGAAAGCCCUGAGCUGGCUGCCCCACCACCACAGAAAGCCCUGAGCUGGCUGCCCCACCACCACAGAAAGCACUGAGCUGGCUGCCCCACCACCACAGAAAGCCCUGAGCUGGCUGCCCCACCACCACAGAAAGCCCUGAGCUGGCUGCCCCACCACCACAGAAAGCCCUGAGCUGGCUGCCCCACCACCACAGAAAGCCCUGAGCUGGCUGCCCCACCACCACAGAAAGCCCUGAGCUGGCUGCCCCACCACCACAGAAAGCACUGAGCUGGCUGCCCCACCACCACAGAAAGCCCUGAGCUGGCUGCCCCACCACCACAGAAAGCCCUGAGCUGGCUGCCCCACCACCACAGAAAGCACUGAGCUAGGCUGAAACACCUGCAUUUUGGAGCUGCUUUACUCAAGAAAGCCAAAAAGAGACCAUGUUUGUAUGCGGCUUUAUUAACUCAAUUAUAUAUUUUUUAAAUAUUGUUUGCAAACGAUGUGACAGGUAUUAAUGCCAAAAUAACAGGCACACAUUUUUUUUUUUUAGAAUAAUAAUUUCGGGUUUAACAGGUGGGGCUCAAAACAGGUGGCCCCACCUGCCCUGAAUGAUGGGUCGCCAUUGGCCAUAUGGCAGAUCAGAUCAGGGCCUAACAUAAAGACAACUCGGUAUGCUACAUGUUCUUCAUAUGUUUCAUGGAUUUAUUGUGAUGGUGUAGGAUUUAUUAGACUUUAUAAAAUGCAGAUGUUCCAAAGGUCUGCAUCAGUGGCUUGUAGGCUGUGCGUGGAAGCCAGGAGAUGUUAAUUAACGGUCAAUUACCGUGAGACCGGCUGUUAUUUGCAUGACAGUCACCAGCUGACAAUUUGAUAACCGCCACAGCCCUAGUGGCCUACCGCUGGCCAAUCAGAUGGCUGUGUCUGCAGUAACGUAGCAGGCGUAAAAGAAAGCUACAGUUGAUACUGUGAGAUUUCAAAAUGUUUAAAAGCAAAGAGCUGUUGUUUUUAUGACAGUUCAUGCGCUGUCAACACUUUGUAUUCAACACUUUUAUAAACCAUAAAAUGCACUUCCUAUUUCCACUCAGCACUACAACAAGCACUGCAGCAGUAAUGAAUGAGUAGGAAAGUGGAUCUAUAGGCUUCCGCUGUUGUUAUUAGCGGCUUGGGUCUUACUUAAUAUCGAGGAAUAUUUCACUUUCAUAGGAGUAACAACAGGAAUUUGUGCAUGAGGCAGAAAUAAUGUGGAGCGACUCGAGUUUCGCCGUCAGCUGGAAGACGGUGUCCCUUUUUGGUCGGUGUCAGUGGAGGAAAGGGAGAGAGGAGGGAUGUUGAGAGGCGGUGUCAGUGGAGGAAAGGGAGAGAGGAGGGAUGUUGAGAGGCAGUGGAGGAAAGGGAGAGCGGAGGGAUGUUGAGAGGCGGUGUCAGUGGAGGAAAGGGAGAGCGGAGGGAUGUUGAGAGGCAGUGGAGGAAAGGGAGAGCGGAGGGAUGUUGAGAGGCGGUGUCAGUGGAGGAAAGGGAGAGCGGAGGGAUGUUGAGAGGCAGUGGAGGAAAGGGAGAGAGGAGGGAUGUUGAGAGGCAGUGGAGGAAAGGGAGAGCGGAGGGAUGUUGAGAGGCGGACCCUCCGUCUGCUGCUCUCCCUCCGCUGAGACGGACCGUCAGAUCCAGGCACCAUCAGCCCAGGCACCAUCAGCCCAGGCACCAUCAGCCCAGGCACCAUCAGCCCAGUGAAAUAACAAGCUAAUGAUUUAAAUGUAUUGUCACUCAGCUGUGCUUCACCAAUAAUAUAACAACAGAUAUAUUACCGCUGUGAUCAUAUAGCCCCAAAUGUUGAAAUAUCCUUUUUUUUUUAUGGCAAUUCAAGCAAAGCCAAUAUGCAGUACUGUUUUUAAUUGGUUAAUGUUGCAUAGGCUUACGUAAAAAAUUAAAAAUAAUAAUGUUAAAAGAAAAUCUGAGCGGUAUAUCUUGACUCGGAGGUUGGUGACUACUGUUGUAAUUCCCCUGUUAACACGAUCAACAUGUCCCUUUACUGUGGCAAUUGUGAUCUAAUCAACGCAAUAUUAGCCACUUACAAUGCAACAUACCGAAACAAAACGAACUAUGCAAGAGAUUUUAUUGUAGGCAGAACGCAUCGGAGUAGGAUUCUAUUGCAUUGACAGGCACUGCUCAGCCCGUACUCUACACAGACCGGUGUGGCAUAACCAAUCAGAGCUGCAGUAGGCCUAUAUGCAAAUAGACCAUUGCCAAAUAUGGAUCUAGGCCGUUUACUUUGAACUGGACUGUGUUUACAGCAUGAGCGGUCGUGAGUAGAUGUGCUUGUUUUGAGAUCAAAGUGAGAGCUGCAUGUAGCCACGUGUACACAUUUUGUUCAUAUCCUUUGCUAGUUAGUGAGUUAUUAGCCCAGUUAUAGAUCAUUUGUUCAUAUCCUUAGCUAGUUAGUGAGUUAUUAGCCCAGUUAUAGAUCAUUUGUUCAUAUCCUUUGCUAGUUAGUGAGUUAUUAGCCCAGUUAUAGAUCAUUUGUUCAUAUCCUUUGCUAGUUAGUGAGUUAUUAGCCCAGUUACAGAUCAUUUUGUUCAUAUCCUUUGCUAGUUAGUGAGUUUAUUAGCCCAGUUAUAGAUCAUUUGUUCAUAUCCUUUGCUAGUUAGUGAGUUAUUAGCCCAGUUAUAGAUCAUUUGUUCAUAUCCUUUGCUAGUUAGUGAGUUAUUAGCCCAGUUAUAGAUCAUUUGUUCAUAUCCUUUGCUAGUUAGUGAGUUAUUAGCCCAGUUAUAGAUCAUUUGUUCAUAUCCUUUGCUAGUUAGUGAGUUAUUAGCCCAGUUACAGAUCAUUUGUUCAUAUCCUUUGCUAGUUAGUGAGUUAUUAGCCCAGUUAUAGAUCAUUUGUUCAUAUCCUUUGCUAGUUAGUGAGUUAUUAGCCCAGUUAUAGAUCAUUUGUUCAUAUCCUUUGCUAGUUAGUGAGUUAUUAGCCCAGUUAUAGAUCAUUUGUUCAUAUCCUUUGCUAGUUAGUGAGUUAUUAGCCCAGUUAUAGAUCAUUUGUUCAUAUCUUUUGCUAGUUAGUGAGUUAUUAGCCCAGUUACAGAUCAUUUGUGGUCAGCAAUAGGGGAGUGAUUGCUUCCUACAAGAGCACAAAACAUGUACAUUUCUAGACAUCAUUGAAAAGCGAGUCAGUUAAAGAGCUUUUUUUUUGUCUUAAAGGGGCAGUGUUGUAUUUUGAGACAGGCUUGAAUAAGCUAAGUAGCCAAUAGGCAGAGGGUAGCAUAAUGUGUCUGAUUCUCUGUAGUAAUGGUAUGGGAAUAAUAAUGCAUUUUAUUUUGUGAAGUGGUUUCUUGCAUCAAACAACACAACAUUUUCAGUCACCAAACAUGUUAAUUAAUGUGAAAAGUCUCAUGGAAUGUAGCCCUACAUUGAACACCACCCAUUGGCUGCUACUGUAGACUGAACGACAUAACAGCUAUUUCCAUGUUAAAUGUUAUGGGAUGCAUUUUCUCCAUUGUUUUUGAUGGUAGGCCACUCUGGUAGGCCUACAUUAUGAUCAAAUAGCCACAGUAGCCUACUUGGCCACUGUUAAAACUGUAACUUAAAGCGGGUACAGCCUCAAUGUUCACAGUAAACACGCACUGGAAGUUGCACAGAAUUUUCACAACGUUCAAGUUUGCGCUCAGCAGACCUCAGUGCCGAAACAAAUGACGCGGUCAUCUGAGCCAUCCGAUUGGCCAGCGGUAGGCCUAUAGUGCACUUGAUUUGCUCUCUGGGCCCGCCGGGAAGGCAGAGUUUGUACCUUCAGACACAUUAAAUGGUUAAAAAUGUCAACAAUUGGCCUAACCAGCGCACAGGGCAGCUUAAUCGGGUGCACCAACCGCCAACAGCCCCAGAUAAUACAAAUAGGAACACAAGGCUUUAUAGCCACAGUAGAUAAUAGGAACACAAGGCUUUAUCGCCACAGUAGAUAAUAGGAACACAAGGCUUUAUAGCCACAGUAGAUAAUAGGAACACAAGGCUUUAUAGCCACAGUAGAUAAUAGGAACACAAGGCUUUAUAGCCACAGUAGAUAAUAGGAACACAAGGCUUUAUAGCCACAGUAGAUAAUAGGAACACAAGGCUUUAUAGCCACAGUAGAUAAUAGGAACACAAGGCUUUAUAGCCACAGUAGAUAAUAGGAACACAAGGCUUUAUCGCCACAGUAGAUAAUAGGAACACAAGGCUUUAUCGUUGGGUAUGCAGUUUAAAUAAGUAGUAGGCAAGCCAGAUUUGGAACACGGCCAAUCAUUAUAGGAUGUAUCCCAAAUGGCACCCUUUUCCCGAUAUAGUGCACUUGUUUUGACCAGGGCCCAUAGAGAUCUAUGACUAUUAUGACUAAGGACAGCUGACGGCUCUGUUCUUUCCCAAUCUUAAUAUUUGGGUAUAAUGUGCUAUUAUGUCUACAGGACGUCUGGGCACGUGGACAAGUUUGCGGACUACAUGGUGAAAGACGUGAAGAACGGAGAGUGUUUCAGGGCAGACCACCUCCUCAAAGGUUAGUCUAUACUCUUGACAUGGUGUGAAAAAGAGAAAUGCCCUAUUCACACAACUGGUAUUUUCCAACCUCUACAUCAAUAUAAUAGAAUUGACAUUACAGUAGUCAAACCUUUGUUCAGUGCACUGUGUUGUCCCUGUGUAUCAGUUAGCUGGGGCCUGUCAGUACUGUGUUGUCCCUGUGUAUCAGUUAGCUGGGGCCUGUCAGUACUGUGUUGUCCCUGUGUAUCAGUUUAGCUGGGGCCUGUCAGUACUGUGUUGUCCCUGUGUAUCAGUUAGCUGGGGCCUGUCAGUAACUGUGUUGUCCCUGUGUAUCAGUUAGCUGGGGCCUGUCAGUACUGUGUUGUCCCUGUGUAUCAGUUUAGCUGGGGCCUGUCAGUACUGUGUUGUCCCUGUGUAUCAGUUAGCUGGGGCCUGUCAGUACUGUGUUGUCCCUGUGUAUCAGUUAGCUGGGGCCUGUCAGUACUGUGUUGUCCCUGUGUAUCAGUUAGCUGGGGCCUGUCAGUACUGUGUUGUCCCUGUGUAUCAGUUAGCUGGGGCCUGUCAUACUGUGUUGUCCCUGUGUAUCAGUUAGCUGGGGCCUGUCAGUACUGUGUUUGUCCCUGUGUAUCAGUUAGCUGGGGCCUGUCAGUACUGUGUUGUCCCUGUGUAUCAGUUAGCUGGGGCCUGUCAGUACUGUGUUGUCCCUGUGUAUCAGUUAGCUGGGGCCUGUCAGUACUGUGUUGUCCCUGUGUAUCAGUUAGCUGGGGCCUGUCAGCACUGUGUUGUCCCUGUGUAUCAGUUAGCUGGGGCCUGUCAGCACUGUGUUGUCCCUGUGUAUCAGUUAGCUGGGGCCUGUCAGUACUGUGUUGUCCCUGUGUAUCAGUUAGCUGGGGCCUGUCAGUACUGUGUUGUCCCUGUGUAUCAGUUAGCUGGGGCCUGUCAUACUGUGUUGUCCCUGUGUAUCAGUUAGCUGGGGCCUGUCAGUACUGUGUUGUCCCUGUGUAUCAGUUAGCUGGGGCCUGUCAGUACUGUGUUGUCCCUGUGUAUCAGUUAGCUGGGGCCUGUCAGUACUGUGUUGUCCCUGUGUAUCAGUUAGCUGGGGCCUGUCAGUACUGUGUUGUCCCUGUGUAUCAGUUAGCUGGGGGCCUGUCAGUACUGUGUUGUCCCUGUGUAUCAGUUAGCUGGGGCCUGUCAGUACUGUGUUGUCCCUGUGUAUCAGUUAGCUGGGGCCUGUCAGUACUGUGUUGUCCCUGUGUAUCAGUUUAGCUGGGGGCCUGUCAGUACUGUGUUGUCCCUGUGUAUCAGUUUAGCUGGGGCCUGUCAGUACUGUGUUGUCCCUGUGUAUCAGUUAGCUGGGGCCUGUCAGUACUGUGUUGUCCCUGUGUAUCAGUUAGCUGGGGCCUGUCAGUACUGUGUUGUCCCUGUGUAUCAGUUAGCUGGGGCCUGUCAGUACUGUGUUGUCCCUGUGUAUCAGUUAGCUGGGGCCUGUCAGUACUGUGUUUGUCCCUGUGUAUCAGUUAGCUGGGGCCUGUCCAGUACUGUGUUGUCCCUGUGUAUCAGUUAGCUGGGGGCCUGUCAGUACUGUGUUGUCCCUGUGUAUCAGUUAGCUGGGGCCUGUCAGUACUGUGUUGUCCCUGUGUAUCAGUUAGCUGGGGGCCUGUCAGUACUCUGUCCCUGUGCUGUGCCCACCAAAGCCUCCCUCGCAGACGAGCUUAACUCAUUCUAUGCUCGCUUCGAGGCAGACAAUACCGAGCCAUCUAGGAAGGCUCUCGCUGCUCCAGACGACCAGAGGUUGACGUGAGGAAAACUCUCGAGUGAAUACUCACAAAGCCACCGGCCCUGAUGGCAUCCCUGGCCGCGUCCUCAGCGUGUGGACAUCCCUGGCCGCGUCCUCAGCGUGUGGACAUCCCUGGCCGCGUCCUCAGCGUGUGGACAUCCCUGGCCUGAUGGCGUCCCUGGCCGCGUCCUCAGCGUGUGGACAUCCCUGGCCGCGUCCUCAGCGUGUGGACAUCCCUGGCCGCGUCCUCAGCGUGUGGACAUCCCUGGCCGCGUCCUCAGCAUGUGGACAUCCCUGGCUGCGUCCUCAGCGUGUGGACAUCCCUGGCCGCGUCCUCAGGGUGUGGACAUCCCUGGCCGCGUCCUCAGCGUGUGGACAUCCUGGCCGCGUCCUCAGCGUGUGGACGUCCCUGGCCGCGUCCUCAGCGUGUGGACGUCCCUGGCCGCGUCCUCAGCGUGUGGACAUCCCUGGCCGCGUCCUCAGCGUGUGGACAUCCCUGGCCGCGUCCUCAGCGUGUGGACAUCCCUGGCCGCGUCCUCAGCGUGUGGACAUCCCUGGCCGCGUCCUCAGCGUGUGGACAUCCCUGGCCGCGUCCUCAGCGUGUGGACAUCCCUGGCCUGAUGGCGUCCCUGGCCGCGUCCUCAGCGUGUGGACAUCCCUGGCCGCGUCCUCAGCGUGUGGACGUCCCUGGCCGCGUCCUCAGCGUGUGGACAUCCCUGGCCGCGUCCUCAGCGUGUGGACAUCCCUGGCCGCGUCCUCAGCGUGUGGACAUCCCUGGCCGCGUCCUCAGCGUGUGGACAUCCCUGGCCGCGUCCUCAGCGUGUGGACAUCCCUGGCCGCGUCCUCAGCGUGUGGACAUCCCUGGCCGCGUCCUCAGCAUGUGCUGACCAGCUGGCGGCGUCUUCUCUGACAUCUUCAACCUGUCCCAGGCUGUAGUCCCCACCUGCUUUAAGGAGACCACCAUCGUCCCAGUGCCCAAAUGACUAUCGCCCCGUCACACUCACCCCAGUCAUCAUGACGUGCUUUGAGAGGCUGGUCAUGGCCCACAUGAAGGCCAGCAUACCAGGCCCACUGGACCCACUCCAAUCUGCCUACCACUCCAACAGAUCCAUGGAAGAUGACAUUUCCAUCACUGUCACAUGGCCAUAACACAUCUGGACAAGAGGAACACCUAUGUGACAAUGCUGUUCAUUGACUACAGUUGAAUGCUGAACACUAUUGUUCCCUCCAAGCUCGACACCAAGCUCAGAGCCCUGGGUCUGGACACCACCCUCUGCAACUGGAUCCUGGACUUCCUGACUGGCAGACCACAGGCUGUGAGGAUUGGCAACAACACCUCCUCCACGCUGACUCUUAACUCAGGGGCCCCCAGGGGUCCUGCUGUACUUGCUGUUCACCCAUGACUGCAUGGCUUUGCACGACACCAACUCCAUCAUCAAGGUUGCUGACGACACCACGGCUGUAGGUCUGAUAGCCAACAGUCAGCCUAUAGGGAGGAGGUGAGUGAACUGGCAGCCUAUAGGGAGGAGGUCAGUGAACUGGCAUUGUGGUGCCAGGACAACAACCUCUCCCUCAACGUCAACAAAACAAAGGAGUUGAUUGUUGACUUCAGGAAGCAGAGGAGGGAACAUGCCCCUCGGCGUGCCACCGCGGGUCCUCUCCAAAUAGCUGCACCGUCGAGAGCGUCGCAGCCUGGUACGGGUAUUGCUCCAUCCACGACCGCAGCUCCAUAACUCCAGUACAUCACUGGGACCGUGCUCCAUACCGUACCUCCAGUACAUCACUGGGACCGUGCUCCAUACCAUACCUCCAGUACAUCACUGAGGACCGUGCUCCAUACCGUACCUCCAGUACAUCCCAGCUGCUGCUACCAGACUCUUAUUAUACUGCUCAGUUUAUACCCUGUCCCCUUCCCCCCUUCCCCUCAGUUUAUACCCUGUCCCCAUCCCCCCUUCCCCUCAGUUUAUACCCUGUCCCCACCCCCCCUUCCCCUCAGUUUAUACACUGUCCCCAUCCCCCCUUCCCCUCAGUUUAUACACUGUCCCCAUCCCCCCCUUCCCCUCAGUUUAUACCCUGUCCCCAUCCCCCUUCCCCUCAGUUUAUACCCUGUCCCCAUCCCCCCCUUCCCCUCAGUUUAUACCCUGUCCCAUCCCUCCUUCCCCUCAGUUUAUAAACCCUGUCCCCAUCCCCCCUUCCCCUCAGUUUAAUACCCUGUCCCCCAUCCCCCCCUUCCCCUCAGUUUAUACCCUGUCCCCAUCCCCCCCUUCCCCUCAGAUUAUACCCUGUCCCCAUCCCCCCUUCCCCUCAGUUUAUACCCUGUCCCCAUCCCCCCCUUCCCCUCAGAUUAUACCCUGUCCCCAUCCCCCCUUCCCCUCAGAUUAUACCCUGUCCCCAUCCCCCCUUCCCCUCAGUUUUAUAACCCUGUCCCCAUCCCCCCUUCCCCUCAGAUUAUACCCUGUCCCCAUCCCCCUUCCCCAAAACACCUGUAAAUAUUGGAGUAUAAGUUGUUCCUUCCUGUAUUAUACUGAUGCUAAUGUUUAUUCUGUUCUACUGAUCCAUUUACUUUAUAUUGUUAUUGUAUUAUUUCUUAUUGUUGUUGAAUUGUGGAGAAGGAACCUGCCAGGAAGCAUUUAGUUGGACGGUGUCUACCAUAUGUAUGUGGAGAAGGAACCUGCCAGGAAGCAUUUAGUUGGACGGUGUCUACCAUGUGUAUGUGGAGAAGGAACCUGCCAGGAAGCAUUUAGUUGGACGGUGUAUACCAUGUGUAUGUGGAGAAGGAACCUGCCAGGAAGCAUUUAGUUGGACGGUGUCUACCAUGUGUAUGUGGAGAAGGAACCUGCCAGGAAGCAGGGACGGUGGUCUACCCAUGUGUAUGUGGAGAAGGAACCUGCCAGGAAGCAUUUAGUUGGACGGUGUCCUACCAUGUGUAUGUGGAGAAGGAACCUGCCAGGAAGCAUUUAGUUGGACGGUGUCUACCAUGGUGUAUGGUGGAGAAGGAACCUGCCAGGAAGCAUUUAGUUGGACGGUGUCUACAUGUGUAUGUGGAGAAGGAACCUGCCAGGAAGCAUUUAGUUGGACGGUGUAUACCAUGUGUAUGUGGAGAAGGAACCUGCCAGGAAGCAUUUAGUUGGACGGUGGUCUACCAUGUGUAUGGUGGAGAAGGAACCUGCCAGGAAGCAUUUAGUUUGGACGGUUGUCUACCAUGUGUAUGUUGGAGAAGGAACCUGCCAGGAAGCCAGGACGGUGUCUACCAUGUGUAUGUGGAGAAGGAACCUGCCAGGAGCAUUUAGUUGGACGGUGUCUACGCAUGUGUAUGUGGAGAAGGAAACCUGCCAGGAAGCAUUUAGUUUGGACGGUGGUCUACCAUGUGUAUGUGGAGAAGGAACCUGCCAGGAAGCAUUUAGGUUGGACGGUGUCUACCAUGUGUAUGUGGCGAAGGAACCUGCCAGGAAGCAUUUAGUUGGACGGUGUUACCAUGUGUAUGUGGAGAAGGAACCUGCCAGGAAGCAUUUAGUUGGACGGUGUCUACCAUGUGUAUGUGGAGAAGGAACCUGCCAGGAAGCAUUUAGUUGGACGGUGUCUACCAUGUGUAUGUGGAGAAGGAACCUGCCAGGAAGCAUUUAGUUGGACGGUGUCUACCAUGUGUAUGUGGAGAAGGAACCUGCCAGGAAGCAUUUUAGUUGGACGGUGUCUACCAUGUGUAUGUGGAGAAGGAACCUGCCAGAGCAUGGACGGGUUGUCUACCAUGUUGUAUGUGGAGAAGGAACCUGCCAGGAAGCAUUUAGUUGGACGGUGUCUACCAUGUGUAUGUGGAGAAGGAACCUGCCAGGAAGCAUUUAGUUUGGACGGUGUCUACCAUGUGUAUGUGGAGAAGGAACCUGCCAGGAAGCAUUUAGUUGGACGGUGUCUACCAUGUGUAUGUGGAGAAGGAACCUGCCAGGAAGCAUUUAGUUGGACGGUGUCUACCAUGUGUAUGUGGAGAAGGAACCUGCCAGGAAGCAUUUAGUUGGACGGUGUCUACCAUGUGUAUGUGGAGAAGGAACCUGCCAGGAAGCAUUUAGUUAGACGGUGUCUACCAUGUGUAUGUGGAGAAGGAACCUGCCAGGAAGCAUUUAGUUGGACGGUGUCUACCAUGUGUAUGCUGUACGUACAACUAUUAAAACUUGUCUUGGUCUGAACCAAUAAACUGGCCCAGUAUAUAUGACUUUGACCCUGUGUUUCUCUGUUCAACCCUAACCCUUUGACCCUGUGUUUCUCUGUUCAACCCUAACCCUAACCCUUUGACCCUUUGACCCGGUGUUUCUCUGUUCAACCCUAACCCUUUGACCCUUUGACCCUGUGUUUCUCUGUUCAACCCUAACCCUAACCCUAACCCUUUGACCCUGUGUUUCUCUGUUCAACCCUAACCCUUUGACCCUUUGACCUUUGACCCUGUGUUUCUCUGUUCAACUCAGCUCACCUCCAGAAGCUGGUGUCUGAUAAGAAAUGUGCUCCAGAGAAGAAGGCCGAGAUGGAGGAAGUGGUGACUCAGGUUGGUACUGACGGACAGAUGGGGGUUUAGAGACGUACAGCAGAUAUACUAGAAUAGAUACACAAACUAUACCUUCAUCAAUCCCUGACGCAUAAAUGGAAGUCCUAAGUUAUUGUUUAAUGUCAACAAGUUGACCGUGUUUUCAUUGGUCUCUCCAGAUGGACAACUACACCCAACAGGAGUUGACUGACCUCUUUGUGAAAUACAGCGUGAAGUCCCCCACCACAGGAAAUGAUGUUUCAGCGCCACAUCUCUUCAACCUGAUGUUCCAGACGUCCAUCGGACCAGGGGGAAACAUGACAGGGUAAUGGAGCAAUGACUCACUCUGGACCCAGAUGUUGGUUGGACUGUGUGGGUGUACUGUAGGGUUUCCAAUGCUGACGUUGGUCGUUUUGCCUUUGAACGGAGUUCCAAUUAACUAAUUUGCCAUGGACCCAGUACCAGUGUUUUACUGAGUGUCUGACUUUAUUCUGCAGCUACUUGAGGCCUGAAACUGCUCAGGGAAUCUUCCUCAACUUCAAGCGUCUGUUGGAAUUCAACCAGGGAAAGCUUCCCUUCGCUGCUGCUCAGAUCGGCAACUCCUUCAGGAACGAGAUCUCACCUCGCUCAGGACUCAUCCGUGUCAGGUGAGUUCUAGUCUGGAGCUAGCUAGUUGCUAACGACAUCGUUGUGAUUCUAUUUCUACCUGACAGUCUGGUGUGAUGUUAGUUUCUACCUGACACUCGUCAGUUGUAAGGUGAUCUGUUGUGAUGUUUAGUUUCUCACCUUCAGAUAGACAGUCUGUUGGGAUGUGCUAGUUUCUACCUACCAGUAUUGUGUUGUGAUGUGUAGUUUUACCUACGUCUCGUUUUUUGUGAUUGCUGUUUCACCUGAAAAAAGUCUGUUGUGAUUGCUAGUUUCACCUAAAGACAUCAGUCGUUUUUUAUGUCUAGUUUCCCCGGGGGAAAACAUCAGCUGUUGUGAUGUUUUAUUUUUCUACCGAAAGACAGUCGUUUGUGAUGUGUUAGUUUCUACCUGACAGACAGUCUUUUGUGAUUGUUGUUUCUACCUGAAAGACAGUCUCUUUUUGUGAUUUUAGUUUCACCUGACAGACUUUUUGUGAUGUGUAGUUUCUACCUGAAAACAGCAGUUUUUUUGUGAGUUGUUAGUUUCUACCUGAAAGACAGCAGUUUUUGUGAGUUUUUUAUUUUUCUACCUACGCAGUCUGUUUGAUGGUUAUUUUUCUCCCCCUGAAAGCAGUCAGCUGUUGUGAUGUGUUAGUUUCACCUCAGACAGUCUGUUUGUGGAUUUUUCAAACCUAAAAAGCAGCAGUCUGUUGUGAUUUUUGGGUUCACCUACAGUCGUUUUUUGUGAUGUGUUAGUUUCUACCGACAGCCCAGACGGCUGUUUGAUGGGGAGUUUCUACCUGACAUCAACAGUCUGUUGUGAUGUUUAGUUCAAAUGCAGUCAGGCAGUUGUUUUGAUUUGUUAGUUUUCCCUGCAGACAUCAGUCUGUUGUGAUUGUUAUUUUUCUACCGCAGUCAGACAGUCUUUGGAGUUUAUUUUCUACCUGAAGUAAACAGUUUUGUGAGUGUUUUUUUUACCUGACAGCCCAGACAGUUUUUUUGGGUGUGCUAUUUUUCUACCUGACAGUCGUCGCUGUUGUGAUGUGUUGUUUCUACCUCAGUCGUAAAUUGUUGUGUGGUGGGGUUUUUCUACCUGACAGCAGCCCGGGCUUUGUGAUGUUUAUUUUCUCCCUACAGACAUCGGGGGGUGGAGGUGUUAUUUUUUCUCCUGACAGUAGACAGUCUUUUGUGGGGUUUUAGUUUCCCCCUGACAUGCGCUGUUUGAGUUUUUAUUUCUACCUGCCCUUUGACUUUGUUUGAUGUGUUUAGUUUCAAACCGCAGUCAGUCACCUUUGUGAUGGUUUUUCUACCGAAAGGACGUCAGUCUUUGUGAUGUGUUAUUUUCUACCUGAAGACAGUCGUCGGGUUGGGGAUGGGGUUAGGGUUUUACGAAGACAGUCAGUCUGUUGUGAUGUGUUAGUUUCUACCUGAAAGACAGACAGUCUGUUGUGAUGUGUUAGUUUCUAACGACAGCGUCUGUUGUGAGUGUUAUUUCUACUACAGACCAUCUUUUUAAAUUGUUAGUUUCUCCGACAGUUCAGUCAGUCUGUUGUGUGUGUUAGUUUCUCCCUGAAAGACAGUAUGUUGUGAUGUGUUAUUUCCAUCCUGACAGUCAGACAGUCUGUUGUGAUGUGUUAGUUUCUUAAAAACCCAACAGUCUGUUGGGGAUGUGUUGUUUUUACCUGACAUCAGACAGUCUGUGUGAUGUGUUAGUUUCUCCUGACAGUCAGUCAGUCGUUUGAUGUGUUAGUUUUUACCUGAAAGCAGUCAGCCCUGUGUGAGGUGUAGUUUCUACUGACAGACUUGUUUGAUUGUUAGUUUCUACCUGACAGUCAUUUCAGUCUGUUUUUAGUGUGAGUUUCUACCUGAAAGACAGUCAGUCUGUUGUGAUGUGUUAGUUUCUACCUGACAGACAGUUCUGUUGUGAUGUGUUAGUUUCUACCUGACAGACAGUCUGUUGUGAUGUGUUAGUUUCUACCUGACAGACAGUCUGUUGUGAUGGGGGUUAGUUUCCCUUUUAAGACAGUCAGUCUGUGUGAUGUGUUAGUUUCUACCGGGAAAAGUCAGUCUGUUGUGAUGUGCUAGUUUCUUACCUGAAAGACGUCAGUCUGUUUGUAAAUGUUUUUUGUUUCUACCUGACGUCGUCAGUCUUUUUGGUAGAGUUGAGUUUUUAACCUACAGUCAGUCCUGUUGUGUGAUGUGUAGUUUCUACCUGACAGACAGUCUGUUGUGAUGUGUUAGUUUCUACCUGAAAGACAGUCAGUCUGUUGUGAUGUGCUAGUUUCUACCUGACAGACAGUCAGUCUGUUGUGAUGUGUUAGUUUCUACCUGAAAGACAGUCAGUCUGUUGUGAUGUGUUAGUUUCUACCUGACAGACAGUCUGUUGUGAUGUGUUAGUUUCUACCUGACAGUCAGACAGUCUGUUGUGAUGUGUUAGUUUCUACCUGACAGUCAGACAGUCUGUUGUGAUGUGCUAGUUUCUACCAUGACAGACAGUCUGUUGUGAUGUGUUAGUUUCUACCUGACAGUCAGACAGUCUGUUGUGAUGUGUUAGUUUCUACCUGACAGUCUGUUGUGAUGUGUUAGUUUCUACCUGACAGUCAGUCUGUGAUGUUAGUGUUUAGAGGGUCUGUUGAGCUAGUGAUGGUUGUCCUGGUGCUUCCAGAGAGUUCACCAUGGCUGAGAUUGAGCACUUUGUGGACCCGACUGAGAAGGUCCACCCCAAGUUCGCCAACGUGGCUGACCUGGAAAUCGUCCUGUACUCCUCCAAGGCCCAGACCAGCGGACAGUCUGCUCACAUCAUGAGGCUGGGGGACGCUGUGGAGCAGGUAGGAUGCUGUAACAGUGGCUUCAGUAAGGAAGUAACCAAUACCAGAGUCAUAUUGAUAACUCUGUCUCUCUCAGGGAGUGAUCAAUAAUUCCGUCCUGGGAUAUUUCAUCGGGAGGAUCUACCUCUACCUUACUAAAGUGGGUGUGGCCAAAGACAAGCUUCGCUUCCGUCAGCACAUGGACAACGAGAUGGCCCACUACGCCUGUCGACUGCUGGGACGCAGAGACCAAAACAUCCUACGUAGGUCCUCCAUGACCCCUGACCCUAACCCCUAACCUUAACCCACUACGCCUGUGACUGCUGGGACGCAGAGACCAAAACAUCCUAUGUAGGUCCUCCAUGACCCCUGACCCUAACCCCUAACCUUAACCCACUACGCCUGUGACUGCUGGGACGCAGAGACCAAAACAUCCUACGUAGGUCCUCCAUGACCCCUGACCCUAAUCUUAACCCACUACGCCUGUGACUGCUGGUACGCAGAGACCAAAACAUCCUAUGUAGGUCCUCCAUGACCCCUGACCCUAACCUUAACCCACUACGCCUGUGACUGCUGGGACGCAGAGACCAAAACAUCCUACUGUAGGUCCUCCAUGACCCCUGACCCUAAUCUUAACUAACCCGCCUGUGACUGCUGGUACGCAGAGACCAAAACAGCCUAAAUGUAGGAGGAAGAUCCUCCGUGACCCCUGACCCUGAACCCCUACGGGUAAACCUUAACCCAACUAUACGCCUGUGACUGCUGGGAAACAACAGAGACCCAAACUCCUAAAGUUGUAGGUCCUCCAUUACCGCCUGACCCUAACCCCCUAACCUUAAAACCCACUAUGCCUGACUGCUGGGACGCAGAGACCAAAAACAUUCUAGUGUAAGGGUCAACCCAACCCUCGAGCGGCAGGGAUGUGUACUACACGUUGAAGUUCUUAGUCUUUGUGGUUGAGUUAAGCCUUAAACCACCCAAUAAUAACCCUAGUUAACCUUAAAAACCCCCUAAAACCCUAGUUACCCUAACCCCCUAAUAACCCUGAGUUAAACCUUAACCCCAUAAUAACCUGAGUUAAACCCAACCCCAUAAUAACCCUGAGUUACCCAACCCCAUAAUAACCCUGGUUACCCAACCCCCUAAAACCCUGAGUUACCCUACCCCUAAUAAACCCCGAUUAACCCUAACCCCCAUAUAACCCUGCGUUAACCUUAACCCACAAAUAACCCUAGUUAACCCCCUAACCCCAUAAUAACCCGGUAACCUGAACCCAAAUAACCCUGCGUUAACCUUAACCCCCUAAAAACCCUGCUUAACCUUAACCCCAUAAUAAACCCCGCGGUUUAAACCCUUUAACCCCAUAAUAACCCUGAGUUAACCUUAACCCCAUAAUAACCCUGAGUUAACCUUAACCCCAUAAUAACCCUGAGUUAACCUUAACCCCAUAAUAACCCUGAGUUAACCUUAACCCCAUAAUAACCCUGAGUUAACCCUAACCCCAUAAAACCUUAGUUAACCCUACCCAUUAAUAACCGAGUUAACCCAAAAACCCCUAAUAAACCCGAGUUAACCUUAACCCAUAAUAACCCUGAGAACCCUAAACCCUAAUAACCCUGAUUAAACCCUAACCCAUAAUAACCCUGAGUUAACCCAACCCCAAAUAACACCUGAGGUUAAACCCUAACCCCAUAAUAACCCUAGUUAACCCUAACCCCAAAAAAAAACCCUGAGUUUAACCCUAACCCCAUAAAACCCUUUAGUAACCCAAACCCCAUAAAACCCUGAGUUAACCCUAACCCCAUAAUAAACCCUGAGUACCUAACCCCAUAAAACCCUGAGGUACCUUAACCCCAUAAUAACCCUGAGUUAACUUUAACCCAUAAUAACCCUGAGUAAACCUUAACCCCCAAUACCCUGAUUAACCCUAAACCCCUAAUAAACCCUGAUUAACCCCUAACCCCCAUAUAACCCUGAGUUAAACCCCAACCCCAUAAUAACCGAGUUAAACCCAACCCAUAAUAAACCCUGAGUUAACCUAAACCCCAUAAAAACCCUGAGUUAACCCUAACCCCAUAAUACCUGAAGGUUAACCCUAACCCCAUAAACCCCUGAUUAACCCUAACCCCUAAUAACCCUGGCUUAACCCUAACCCCAUAAAAACCCCCGGGGUUAAACCCUAACCCCAUAAUACCCUGAGUUAACCUUAACCCCAUAAUAGCCCUGACGUUUAACCUUAACCCCAUAAAAACCCUGAGUUAACCUAACCCCAAAACCCUGAGUUAACCUUAACCCCAUAAUAACCCUGAUAACCUUAACCCCAAAUAAUCCUGAGUUAACCUUAACCCCAUAAUAAACCUGAGUUAACCCUAACCCCAAAAAUCCCUGAGUUAACCCUAACCCCUAAUAAACCCUGAUUUAAACCUAACCCCAUAUAACCCUAGUACCUUAACCCAUAAUAACCCUGAGUUAACCUAAACCCCUAAUAACCCUGAUAACCCUAACCCCAUAAUACCCUGAGGGUUAACCCAACCCCAUAAACCCUGAUUAACCCUAACCCCAUAAAACCCUGAGUUUAACCCUAACCCCAAAUAACCCUGAGUUAAACCCCACCCCAUAAUAACCCUGAGUUAAACCCUAACCCCAUAAUAACCCUGAGUUAACCCUAACCCCAUAUAACCCUGAUUAACCCAAACCCCAUAUAACCCUGAUUUUAACCUUACCCCAUAACCCUGAAUUUAACCCUAACCCCAUAAAUAAAACCCCGAGGUUAACCUUAACCCCAUAUCCCUGAGUUAACCACAACAUAAAACCCUGAGUUAACCCAACCCCAUAAUAACCCCGAGUUAACCCAACCCAUAAUAACCCUGAGUAACCUUAACCCCAUAAACCCUUUAGUUAACCCUAACCCCAUAAUAACCCUGGUAAACCCACCCAUAAUGCCUGGGUAACCCUAAAACCCCAUAAUAACCCUGAGUUAACCCUAACCCCAUAAUAACCCUGAGUUAACCCUAACCCCAUAAUAACCCUGAGUUAACCCUAACCCCAUAAUAACCCUGAGUUAACCCUAACCCCAUAAUAACCCUGAGUUAACCCUAACCCCAUAAUAACCCUGCGUCUCUGUAUUUCCUGCAGGGCUGGAUUGAGAUAGUGGGCUGUGCGGACCGCUCCUGUUUCGACCUGCUGUGCCACGCCCGGGCUACCAAGGUCGCUCUAGUGGCAGAGAAGCCUCUAAAAGAACCCAAAGUAGUAGAUAUGGUCCAGUUUGAGGCCAAUAAGGGCGCCAUCGGUAAAGCCUAUAAGAAGGACGCCAAGCUAGCGAUGGAGUAUCUAGCUGUAUGUGACGAGUGUUUCAUCACUGAACAGGAGAUGCUACUCAACAGCAGCGGGUGAGUAGUGAACAGAGGUCAUAUGUGACACAAUCGAUAGAUUUAAUUCUUUAGCCUCCGUAAUGUUAUGCAAUAUUCCAGGCUCAUUGACAAUGCUAAACCUAACCUUCCCCCAGGGAGUUCACCAUAGAGACGGAGGGAAAGACUUUUAAACUCACCAAGGACAUGGUCAGUGUGAAGAGAUUCCAGAAGACCCUGCAUGGUGAGACAACACUCUAGAACCUUCUAGAACCUAGACAUGUUCUAGAGGAGGUUGUUCUAGGUUCUCUUGUUGUUGAAUAACAUCCUCUUUCUACUGGAUGGACAGUUCUAAUUGUAGAAGCCAUGCAUUAAGAUCGCAGCCAACCAUAACAUGUUUAACUUAUUCUGUGUGUUUCUGCUUCCCCACAGUGGAGGAGGUGGUCCCUAACGUCAUCGAACCCUCUUUUGGCAUCGGUAGAAUCAUGUACUCAAUCUUCGAGCACACAUUCCAAGUCCGAGAGGGAGACGAACAGAGAACGGUAGGGAGACAUCAAAUGUUACUACUACUGACUGGGCCGUUAGAACUUAGUUAUUACAUAAAUGGUUUUAACAGUGGAAUAAUGGUUUUGAAAUGUCCGUCUCUCUUGUCUCCAGUUCUUCAGCUUCCCUACCACGGUAGCUCCAUAUAAAUGCUCCGUCCUUCCUUUGAGCCAAAACCAGGAAUUCACGCCUUUUGUUAAGGAACUCUGUAAGUACUCCUUCCACGCUCUAUUCUGUAGACCCAAACCAUCUGGAUUUCAAAACCAAAGUUGAACAUUCAGUGUAGAAUUUAAAAUAAAGGGAUUUAACUAACAUGUUCCUCAACCCUCUCUCCUCCCCCUCUCCUCCCCCCCUCCUCCCACCCCUCCGGCCGCCUCCCAAACUCCUCUCCUCCCUCUCCCGUUCUCUCUCAUCACUCACUCCUACUCUCACCCCUCUUCCUCCCUCUCCCACCCUCUCUCUCACCUCAAUCACCGUCUCCGUCUACUCCUCCCGUUCUCUACCCAGUCUCUCCGUCUCCGUCAAUCCCACCCGUCUCCAUCCUCCCGUCUCACUCACCAGCUCUACCCACCCUCAUCCCUCACCGUCCCACUCCAUCUCCUCCCGUCUCCUCACCCUCUCUCCUCACCCUCUCUCCUCCCGUCUCCUCACCCUCUCUCACGACCCUCUCCCACCCUCCUCCUCCCCCUUCACCCUCCAAGUCUCCUCCCCUCAUCUCACCCGGAUCCUACACCCUCCUCCUCCCGUCUCCUCACCCUUCUAUCUACUCCCACCGGCUCCUCUCCUCACCGCUCUCUCUCCCUCUCCUCACCCUAUCUCUCCCGUCUCCACCCUCCCCUCUCCUCACCUUCUCCUCAGCUUUCCUCCUUCUCCUCCGCUUCUCUCUCCCGUCUCCUCAACCUCACCCCUCCCGUCCUCCCUUCUCCUCCCCACUCCUCACCCUCUCUCCUCCCGUCUCCUCCCCUCUCGGAUCCUCCUUCGUCCUCACCCUCUCUCCUCCCGUCUCCUCACCCUCUCCUCACCCUGUCUCCUCCUUGCAGCUGAAGCGAUGACCAAACAGGGCGUGUCCCAUAAGGUGGACGACUCGUCAGGAUCCAUCGGGAGGCGCUACGCCAGGACAGACGAGAUCGGAGUGGCGUUCGGCAUCACCAUUGACUUUGACACGGUGAACAAGACGCCCCACACCGCCACGCUGAGGGACCGCGACUCCAUGAGGCAGAUCAGGGCCGAGGUACGACAUCUUUACUUCAUACAUGUCAACGUACUGCUCUGUACUAGAAGUGAUUAACUGAAAGGUUAAUGAACUGGGUUAACUGGGUUCUCUGUUGCCUCUCCAGGUCAGUGAGUUGCCAGGAAUCAUCCGUGAUCUGGCCAACGGUGUCAUGACUUGGUCCGAGGUGGAGAGCAAGUACCCCAUCUUUGAGGGACAGGAGACCAGCAAGAAGGACACGACCGAGGAAUGAACUCCGUAUGUCUGUCAGUCACUGCUAUGAAACGCCCACAGACAUUUUUACAUUUCUGCAUCCAUAGGGACAAUUUUACUGCAACUGUAAUUCAGUCAGUCCUCACGGUGUCCUAACACACAACUGCAACCACUGAAAUUAAACUUCAAAAUAAAUGUUAUAUAGUUAUUGUACCUAAUGAUUAUAAACAGGGUGACAGUGUAAUGAUUUGUCCCUGUUCUGGUAAAUAUUCACCUGCGUACUGGAAUCUGCUCUGAGUGGAGGAAGAGGGGGAGAGAAAGAGAGAGAGGGGGGGGAGAGGAAGAGAUCUUCUCAGCCUGGAAUAAAAAGAGAAAUGUGUUCAGGUUGUCAAUCUUGUGUGGGAAGAGAAGAGAGGCUUCACGAUUCCAGUUUCAGGACUGAUUAAAUCAACAUGGAAAACAUCUCUGGUUCAAUAAACGGAACCUGCUCUUACUGGAACCAA